AUGCCAGUGCUUGCUAUGGCAUCUGUGGCUUCACCAGUUAUAUUUAAGGAGUUUUGUCCCUUAUAUUAUCUCCUCAAUGCCAUUCCUACAAAAAUCCAAAAAGGCUUUCGCUCUAUUGUGGUGUACCUCACAGCACUUGAUACCAAUGCAGACUACAUUGCUGUGGGGAGCAGCAUUGGAAUGCUUUAUCUCUACUGCAGACAUGUAAACCAGAUGAAAAAAUAUAAUUUUGAGGGGAAGUGUGAAUCUAUUACUUUUGUAAAGCUAUUGAGUUGCUUUGAUGAUCUAGUUGCUGUUGGUACAGCCUCAGGACGGGUGGCAGUUUUUCAGCUUGUGUCUUCAUUACCUGGAAGAAACAAACAGCUUCGGAGAUUUGACGUUGCUGGUAUCCACAGGAGCAGCAUUACGGCUUUAGCUUGGAGUCCCAAUGGGAUGAAAUUAUUCUCUGGAGAUGACAAAGGGAAGAUUGUCUACUCUGCCCUAGACCUAGACCAGGGUAUUUGCAACUCCAGCCUUGUAUUGGAAGAACCAUCUUCAAUUGUUCAGUUGGACUACAACCAGAAAGUGCUGCUUGUCUCCACUUUACAACGGACUCUGCUUUUUUACACAGAAGAGAAAUCUGUCAAGCAAGUUGGAACACAGCCCAGAAAAAACACUGGCAAAUUUGGAGCUUGUUUUAUACCUGGCCUAUGUAAGCAGAGUGAUCUGACACUAUUUGCUGCCAGACCUGGGCUUCGUCUCUGGAAGUCUGAUGUUCAUGGAACUGUUCAGGCCACGUUCAUACUGAAAGAUGUAUUUGCUGGAGGAAUAAAAACUUUUGAACUGUAUCCUCGUUUGGAACCACCUGACAGAGGAAGUUACAGCUCCCCAGAGAAACACCUUGGGCUUGUUUCAUGCUUUUUCCGAGAAGGAUGGGUGCUGACCUGGAAUGAAUACAGCAUCUACUUACUAGACACUGUGAACCAGGCUUUGAUUGGUGGCUUGGAAGGAUAUGGUGAUAUUGUGUCUGUAUCCUGUACCAACAAUGAGAUUUUUCUCUUAAAAGGAGAUAGAGAUAUAAUAAGAAUUUCAAGUAGACCUGAAGGACUGCCAUCAAUAGAUGUGAACUCAAAACUGAUGAAUCCUUUAACAGAUACGACUCCUAAAUUACUUACCCCACUGUCAGUAGUUGCAUCUGCAUCAUCUAGCCCUUCAGUGGAAACAGAUAAAAAAAUGGUUACUUCCCCUCCAGUUACUGGUGAUAAAAAAGACUCUUAUUCUUCAGUGAAAGAUGAUCUGGAAACUCCAAUGCUACCGGAGAAAAGUUUUGAUAGAGUGGGAGACUUGAGCAGUGAAACAAGGAAAAGAGGCUGCUCUGUAGUAAGUGAAUCAAGAAGCAGGAGCAGUUCAAUAAAUUCUGUGGACAGUGGCUCUAGCUUUAUGAUAUGUGUAGACCAACUUUCAGAAGCUCAGAGAGAGAGUCAACUUUCUUCACAUUUUACAAUCAGCUCUGAAGAUUUUGAUCAAGAACUCAUUGUAAAGCCAAUUAAAGUGAAAAAGAAAAAAAGGAAGAAACAAGAAAAUGGGAUGAGGAAAAACCACAGCUCUCUGGAAGGUACACCAAUCUGUGAGCGUCAGCUUUCUGGUGACAGUCCACACUCCCUGAAUGCAGACACCUUUUCCAUGACUUCCAGCCUAAUGAGUGGCAGCAUUGAUCACUUGAGUACUGGAUCUCCAGAUCAGGAAAGUGUGUUCAGUGUGGAGUCCCAUACAAUCUUGCAAGAAGAUAAUGGUUCAGACACUUUCAGUGUCCUACAGUCACCUGAGUCUGUGACUGUACUAAUUAAUGAAGAAAAUGGAGAUCUGGUUGAUUUACAGAAACUUCCAAACAGUGACAGUGGCAUGGGUACUUCAACUAUUAUAGAUACUCUGGUAUCUGUCUCUCCUCUGAUGCUCACGGAAGACUUGACAAGCAGUGUUGAUGGUGAACAUAAUGGUAGUGUGGUUUCUGCAAGCAAUGAAUGCUAUCUUGGAAAGCCAAGCCAAGAGGAGGAGCAGGAUUCUCCUACAUUAUGUAGAAUAGAUGAAAAUUUAGAUAAAAUGAAGCUGCGGGAUACUGAAAAAUCUUUUGAAGAGGCAGACCUUACAGAGCAAAUGAUUUUGGAAUGUGACAGUGUACUUGGUGUUCAGACAUCACUGACAGCAAAGGAAGGUGAUGAAACUGUCAGGGAAGACCAACAGCAACUCUCUCUAAUACACAGCGCUCUGUCAGAUCCUGCUGUGCUCCCCUGUGACAGCUCUGACGAUGCUUGUGCAGAUAACACUUCCAUUUCUGGAUGGAGUUUUGAAAGUGCAAUCAAAGCUAAAUCUAGUACUAACACUGCUGAAUGGGGAACAGACACUCAUGAAAGUAAGAUGGAGAAAUCUGCCUCGAGUGAUGAAGAGGAUAUUUAUGGACAUGGAUUACCAUAUUCAUCCUCAGAGGCAAGCAUGCCUGAAGUUGGUGCUGGGCCUGGUUCCCAAGAUGUGGCCAAGAUAAGCCUAGAUGAAACAGUGCUGGUAAAGUCUGAUCAGUUUGCAGAGAGCUGGAUGGGCUACUCUGGCCCUGGUUACGGCAUCCUGAGCCUGGUGGUCUCGGAGAAGUACAUCUGGUGCCUGGACUACCGAGGCAGCCUGUUCUGCAGCGCCCUUCCCACCGCCGGGCUGCGCUGGCAGAAGUUUGAGGAUGGUGUCCAGCAAGUGGCAGUUUCCCCCUCAGGGUCUCUUCUCUGGAAGAUUGAACAGAAGACUAACAAAGCAUUUGCUUGUGGAAAAGUAACUAUAAAAGGAAAACGGCACUGGUACGAGGCGUUACCCCAGGCUGUGUUUGUAGCUUUAAGUGAUGACACUGCUUGGAUUAUCAGAACAAAUGGAGAUCUGUAUCUGCAAACAGGCCUGAGUGUGGAUCGUCCUUGUGCCCGAGCAGUAAAGGUUGACUGCCCUUAUCCACUGUCACAGGUCACAUCCAGAAAUAAUGUUGUGUGGGCACUGAGUGAGCAGCGGGCCCUGCUGUACCGGGAGGGAGUGCGCAGCUUUUGUCCUGAAGGCGAGCAGUGGAAGAGUGAUAUUGUCAGUGAAAUGCAAGCUUUGGAACCAGUGUGCAUAACCCUUGGAGAUCAGCAGACAUUAUGGGCUUUGGAUAUCCAUGGAAAUCUGUGGUUCAGAACUGGUAUAGUUUCAAAGAAACCACAAGGAGAUGAUAACCAUUGGUGGCAAGUAAGCAUCACUGAUUAUGUCAUGUUUGACCAGUGCAGCCUCUUCCAGACAAUAAUUCAGGCAACUCAUACAGUAGCAACAGCAGCUCAGGCACCUGUGGAGAAGGUGGCUGAUAAACUUCGAAUGGCAUUUUGGUCACAGCAGCUUCAGUGUCAACCCAGCCUCCUCGGAGUAAACAGCAGCGGGGUCUGGAUCUCUUCAGGCAAAAAUGAAUUCCAUGUGGCAAAGGGAAACUUAAUAGGCACUUACUGGAAUAAUAUUGUGCCUCGUGGCACUGCUUCUGCCACAAAAUGGAUUUUUGUGUUGGCUUCGACAGCUUCAUCUAAAGAAGGAAGCUUUCUGUGGCUGUGCCAAAGCAGCAAGGAUCUGUUUUGUGUCAGUGAUCAGAAUCCUCAGUUUCGUCCUUCUACGGUGCAGCUGCCACCAGAGGCUGAGAUGGUGCACUACUCUGCCUGCCAGGAUGCCAUUUGGGGUUUGGACAGUCACGGGCAGAUAUUCAUCAGAACGCUUUCAUCCAGCUGUCCAACAGGGAUGCACUGGACAAAACUGGAUCUCUCUCAACUAGGUGCUGUAAAGCUGAUCAGCUUGACCUGUGGAAAUCAGCAUGUUUGGGCCUGUGACACCAGUGGUGGCAUUUAUUUCCGUGUAGGAACUCAACCUCUUAACCCAAGUUUGAUGCUUCCUGCGUGGAUAAUGAUUGAACCACCUAUACAGCCAGUAGGAAUCAACUUGGUCAGCAUUCAUUCAAGUCCAAAUGACCAGAUGUUGUGGGCAAUUGAUAGCAAAUGGAAUGUCCACGUACGAGUUGGAAUUACAGAUGAAAUGCCUGUAGGCACUGACUGGGAACAUGUACCAGGCUUGCAGGCUUGUCAGCUGGCUAUAAGUACAAGGACCGUUUGGGCACGCUGUCCAAAUGGAGAUGUAGCUCGCCGGUAUGGCAUCACCGACAAGAAUCCUGCAGGAGACUACUGGAAGAAGAUUCCUGGAAAUGUCUCACGUUUAACAGUGACUCCUCUAGAUGAACUGUGGGCGAUCAGUGCUUCAGGAUCCCUUCUCCAGCGCCUCACUAAGACCUUUAGCCAUUCCCAUAGUUUGCAGAAAACUAAUGACACUUCUGUUCUGCUUCAUCCUGAUGAUUUUGAAGAUGAAUGGGAAGUGAUAUGAAGUCUCUCAAGCUUGUGAAGCAGUUUAAAAACAGGACAGCAUUUCUGUGUUGUAUGUACAGAACAUUGGAUCUAAAAGCCACUAAUAUUGGACCUGUGAUAUUAGCACUUUUGUAUUGAAAAAAUGACCUGUUAAAUAGCCCUCAAGCUGUGAGUUCUGAUAUGUGUUCCAUUAUCUCUUCGGAGACCCUUUAGGUGUGGCAUACUGCAAUUGUUAUACCAUACUACUGUAGAAGCUCCUUUGGGAACUCUUUAAGUUAAUCUUACUAGCAAUGAAAGAGACUAUUUCACAACAGCAUGCACACUACUACACGUGUACUUACUUUGAGAAGGAAUUCUGUUGCAUUAAAUAUUUCUCUACAGCAGAAACAUUAA